CUCUGAAGAACAUCUCGAGACACUACGAAUACAUCUGAAACCCCUCAAACUCAAUUGAACACUACGAAGAUGGUCGCUCAGCCCAUCGGCACGAAGAAAGCCAUCGCAGGUCCCAAACCCACGGGUCCCAACCCCACGGGUCCCAAAGCCGUUGGACCAGCAAAGAAGCCCGUAUCCACCCAGACCAAAAUGGUCCCGUACAAGAAGCCCGCCGCCGUCCCAGCAAAGAAGCCCAUUACGCGGGCAACGGCGACCAAGAAGCCAGUCGGUGCUCCUGCUGUCAAGAACCCAGUUGGAUCUCAGCCCAUUGGUGCUAAGAAGGCCGUCCCAGCAGCACCAAAGAACGUCGCAAAGCAAGCACCGCAGAGCAAGAGCUGGCUCACGAAGACAAUCAGUGCUGCAUCGACGGGCCUUAGCAGUGCGACGAGUGCUGCUGCGGCUGGGGUGGGGAAUGCUGCUGGUGCGGUUGUGACGGCUGCUGGGAAUGGUGUUGCUGGAGCUGGAAAGGGUGCUGGUGCGAGCAUAGCAAACACAUCGCGAGGCUGGGGCGACAUGGUUCGUGAGUACGGCAACUCGAUCAAGGAUGUGACUGGCGCAGCGGGCAGUCGGGCAACUACGAAGGGAAACCCCCUGGGCUUGUCGACGGGUGUUGCUGGAGGCGCUGCGAGCAUGGCUGCCAGACCUGGUGUCACGGGCAGCACAGUCAAGAAGGGGAGCGCCAGCAAUCCUUUGGGGCUGUAGAAGCAUUGGGAUGAAUAGAUGAAGACGGUGUAAGAUACGAUUUGAUAUGAUACAUGGGAAUCUAGGUCUGUGGAGUUCACGGGGUAUCUUGAAAAUAUAUGGUACAAUGCAAUUACGACAAGCGCAGUUGGACCUGGUUUUGCUGAGAGGAAACAUCCCAAGAACAGGACGUCAAUGAAACUGGUUGGCGCAGAGUAAUCGAUCCCAAGGAGCAUCAGAUCAGUCCUAGACAAACACAUGGCCAGUUGGAAGGUUCGGUAGUCCAACAGCAUUCCGUGCGCCGUCAAUCAUAGCCUCGACAAUCUCUGGUGGGUAGUUUGCAAGCAGAACAAGCCGUACGAACUCGCUGAUUACGUCGAGUUCGAUGUCGCCCAUGUCCUCUUUGCUGUACUUCUCAAGAGUAUCCGGG